CUUUCGUGUAGAUGGCUGACUAAGUGGAUACUUCACUUUACCACAGAUCAGCUUGUCACUGCCUGUAUGAAAAAUAGAGGAAAGGCAUGUUUUUUGUUGGCGGCUGACUCUCCGGACAUUUCUGUUAGUGACAGAUGAGCUUACCACCUCCUGGAAACAUAAUGGAGGAAAGGAACACUAGUGGAGAUUUCGUAAGCAAGGAUUCCAACAUCUCAACCUGGGAGACUACCAUCACAGCACGAAAUGGAAGCAUCUACACUGAUUCUUCAUAUUGUAACAUCAUGUUCCAAGCCACGAUUUAUCUUUCCUUUGUCUUUAUACUGGUUGGAUUGGCAGGAAAUGCCAUAGUGAUGUGGCUCCUGGGCUUCCGCAUGCACAGGAAUGCCUUCUCUGUCUACAUCCUCAACCUGGCUGUGGCUGACUUUCUCUUCCUGAGCUUUCAGUUUGUAUAUUGCCUUUUUCUUGUUGUUUACAUUUUCUACUCCAUUUUCAUCUAUAUCCCUUGGUUGUCUUUUGUUCUGUCAAGAUUUGCUUAUCUUUCUGGCCUGAGCAUUCUCAGUGCCAUUAGUGUUGAGCGCUGUCUGUCUGUUUUGUGGCCCAUCUGGUAUCGCUGCCGACGCCCAAGGCACACAUCAGCUGUCACAUGUGCCUUGCUUUGGGCUCUGUCCCUGCUCUUGAGUCUCCUGUAUGGAGAGGCGUGUGGCUUUCUGUUUAAUAGUAUUGACUUUUUUCGAUGUCAGACAUUAAAUUACUUCACAGCUUCCUGGUUAAUAGCUUUAUUUGUGCUUCUCUGUGUGUCCAGCCUCACCCUGCUGGUGAGGAUCGUCUGUGGCUCACAGAGGAUCCCUGUGACCAGGCUGUGUGUGAUCAUUGUACUCACAGUGCUGUUCUUCCUGAUCUUUGGUCUCCCCUUGGGCAUCUACUUUCUCCUCUACCAAUUGUUUGGGAGUUUGCUGUUUAUUAACAUUUGUGAUAUUUAUGUGAUAGUACUCCUAUCCUGUGUUAACAGCUGUGCCAAUCCCAUCAUUUACUUCCUUGUUGGCUCCAUCAGGCACCGCAGGUUCCAGCAGAAGACUCUGAAGCUGUUUCUGCAGAGAGCCCUGCAGUACACUCCUGAGGAGGAGGAAGGUGGAGAGAGAGGCUCUUCAGAAGAGCCUGUAAACACAUUAGUGCAGCAACUAAGAGAUGUUCUGCCUAGAGAAAAGUAGUUUUGAGAGAGAAUUUUUUUCUUAUGUGUGGGCUAUUUUCAUAACCUUGUUCAGUUUGUCACCUGACUUCAAUCAGUUUUUAAAAAAUCAUUUUUGUGGAAGUUGAGUGUCACAAAACUUUUUAUGCAAACACUGACUGCAGCAUUUCUGGAGCUGUCUUACACAAGGUCUCAUCAUAUCCAUUUGAUGGGGCUCUUUGUAAGUGCUCUCGGAGCAAGGACUGUUCCUACUGUUGGGAAAUCCUUCCUUCAUGAGAAUGCACAAAAAUACAGAAAGGUGUUGCUUUUCUUUAGUCACCAAAAUUAUACUGGCUAAAGAACUGUUAUAAUUUGCUAAACUUCCUUUCUUAUAAACAAUCUUUUUCAGUGCUUCAAACAUUAAAUAGAUGUACCUUACAAUGUCAGUUCUUAUUAAUUUCUAUAAGUUUUGAAGAAUUUAUGGAGCUAUAGCUAUUUUAUGUAGCUAUAAUCCUUCUUACACAAUUUGCUUAGUUAACAAGUAUGCAUUUUCAAGAGAAGUCUGUCUUAAACUUCUUUACACCCAGUGGUUUCCUUACCUUCAUUUUCACUGUUUGCCAUUUUCCAAAUUGGAAGACUUUGGUGAGGUAUUGUAUUGAGAGCCAUCUACAUGCAUGCACAUCUGAAGGUAGAGGGAGAAUGUCGUCUGUGGUUCCCUUCACAAUGCCUUGCUUAACAUACUUGGUCAAAUCAUUUCUAUUUCCCUCUUUUCUUUGUCAUGGUUCCCCUCUCCCUGACUGUCUAAUGCCUUAAGACAAAUUUUUAAUGAGGUUCUUUAGACUAGGUUUCCUUGAAAUCAAACUUGCUUCAAAUUUAUGCCAUUAACAGAGUCCAUAUAUUUAUUACUUGAAAAAUGCUUAUUUUAGUAACAUUUUUCUAUAAAAUGAUAUUUACAUUUUAAAGCUGAAGUGUAUGAUAAUUUCAAUUGAAGCACAAUUAAGAGAACACAGUUUGAUCAAAUUGAAAACUGACAAAUUUCCUUAAGAGAGUUUGGGUAGAGGACUGAGAGGCAAUGAAGGCUUAGGAGGUCUCUUUACUCUGCUUAUUCCAUUUCCUGUAUAAUCAUAAUUAUUUCCCUCAGAGGUCAGUACUGUCUAUAUUUCUGUUCUGAACAAAAAUUUAGAUUAUAGAUUGGAGACUUGUAACAUGAAGAUUGGUAUAUAUGUUGUGAAAUGGUUGUUACAGUUGAACAAACUAAUGUAUACAUCAUCUCAUAUACAUAUUCAUUUCUUUCCUUGUGAUUAAGCUUCAAUUUUAGCAAAAGACUUGUGUGCAAUGCACUGUUAUUUCAUAGAGAUCUCAUGCUGUUUACUACUGUGGUGGUUUGAAUCGCAAUGGCCCCCAUAGGGCCAUAUAUUUUAAUUCUUGGUCCCCACUUUGUGAAGCUGUUUGGAAAUGAUGAGGAGGUGGGACCUCAGUUUUGGAGAUGUGUCACUGCGGCAGUGGUGCUGGACAAUUGUCUAUAUUCUGUCAAUUAUGUUUUAAAUAAAUGCUGAUUGGCCUGCAGUCAGGCAGGAAGUAUAGGUGAGACAACCAGACAGGAAGUAGAGGUGGGUCAAUGAGAACAGGAGAACUCUGGGAAUGAGGAAGCCCAUUCCUCCCCAAUCCUAUCCCAACCACAGAAGAAGGAAGAUGUGAUUGCCCUGCUGAAAAAGGUGCCAAGCCAUGUGGCCAACAUAAAUAAGAAUAAUGGGUUAAUAUAAGUUAUAAGAGUUAAUAAGAAGCUUGAGAUAAUGGGCCAAUCAGUUUAUCAUUAAUAUAGACCUUUGUGUAAUUUCUUUGUGGCUAAAAGGCUAUGGGACCUGGUGGGAGGACAGAAACCAGACAGGACAGAAAGCCUCUGACAACAGGGGUGCACUUUGAGGUUUCAAAAAACUACUUUAUUUCCAUUUCCUCUCUUUUUUUCCUUCUUUCUCUCUUAAUUUUCCUUUCUCUCUCUGUAUUAAGCUUGUGGACCAGAUGAAUAUACUCAGCUAUUUAUUCAGUACCAUGCUUGCCUACUUGUUGGCCUACUGCCAGGCUCUUAUGAUAACAGCAAAAGCCUAUGCAUGCCAGUGAGUGGAUUGUUCUGGUUUGAAUAUAAUGAGUCGAAUAGGCACAUGUAUUUGAUUGAUUGGUCCAAAUUUGUAGGAUGUUUGGGAAAGGCCAUGAGAUCAGGGCUUGUUGGAGGAGAUAUGUCACUUGGGGUAGGCUUUUGUGAUUUUAAAAACCUGUCUUUCCCAGUUUGCACUCUAUCCUCUCCACAAUAUGCUUGUGUUUCAGAAG